CCCUGAACAACGAAAAUUCAAAAUCAACCCCUCUUUACGAGAAAUUUCCAUCUCUUCCCUUCACAGACCAAAACCAAUUCUGUCACAGAGACUCUGCCUCAAUCCCAGCGGCACGAGCAAGGCACUAAUUUGAAUAAUCCAAUCCAUUAUUCCAAAGGCGGCAACAGCAGCCAACAACAGUAGAAAAACCAAUUCACAUGGAAAUGAAGUGACCCCCCCACACACACACACACACACACAAACAAAGAGAGAUGGAGAACGGACUCGAUUGGAGAAUUGCGGAGAAAUUUUCAGGGUUGACGAGGACUCCCAGCCCUGAUCCUAGUCGGUCCUCCGAAACCGACGACAUUGGCUUGUUCCAGGUCAUGAAGGCCGUCGAAGCUGCCGAGGCCACCAUCAAGCGACAGGUCGAGGAGAACAUCCGCUUGAGGUCUGAGCUCGAAUACAGGACUCUCGAGCUCCACAGACGUAAACAACUCCACGAACCAUCAUCGAUGGCGCCGCGGUCGUCUCUCGAUCUGGCAGGAUCCGCUCGUCCGGAAGCGAACAAUUCAGGAGAUAAUCAAGAAGCUAGGGCGCCCAAUUCCGAUAAUGGGGGAUACAGCACGGAAGGGGAAUAUUAUGAUCCGCCGCGGGUGAAUUCCGGGGAAGGGUUGAUGCGAUUGGAUCAUCCCGGCGAGAAGAAUCUUGUGAUCAAGAUUCAUGAAAAUGAGCAGGAGAUCAUGCAAUUGCGGAAGCAGCUGGGGGAUUACUCGAUGAAAGAAGCACAGAUUCGGAACGAAAAGCAUGUUCUCGAGGGUCGCAUUGCUUAUAUGCGUUUGGUAUUUGAUCAGCAGCAGCAGGAUCUUGCUGAUGCUGCUUCCAAGGCUCUGGUGUACAGGCAAGAUAUAAUUGAGGAGAACAUACGGCUGGCUUAUGCUUUGCAGGAUGUGCAGCAGGAGAGGACGACGUUCGUUUCGGAAUUGCUGCCGAUUCUGGCAGACUACUCAUUGCAGCCGCAGGUUCAUGAUGCUCAGUCCAUUGCCAGCAAUGUUAAGAUUUUGUUUAGGCAUUUGCAGGAGAAGCUUAUUAUGACAGAGUCGAAAUUGAAGCAGUUUCAGUAUCAAGUAAGACCUUUACAGUCGAAUUCGAAUCAGUCUAGCACUAACAAUACCCAACAGUCACCUCCAUCUCAUUCCAUUGGUGCAGCAUUGGAAAUUUCUAACAAAGAUGGGCUUGAAAUGGUUACUCACCCGCCAUCUUCCCAUGAGAAAGUACCGGCUUCUCCUCCUCCUGGUGCUCAGAUGCAGACAACCGCCCCAAAUUGGGAUCAAUCGGGUGGCCCUCGGAGCGGUUCAGGUGGUGUUGACACAGGGAAUACUGAACACAGUGAACCUCAAAACAGCAACUCUGUAACCCCAGCUGUACCUGCUAAGCCUACUAUUGCUAGACUUGAUGCAAAUCGAUAUAGAGACGAUACAACACCCGGAAAACAGGUCAAGUUUCGUGAGCCGGAGAUGCAAACACACACAGAUUAUGAUGAUCAUGACGAGGGAUACAAUGAGAGUGGAGGAACCUCUCCUUACACCGAUCCCAGCUCCUCUUAUCCUCGGUAUCUAUCACCGGUUCAUGAAGAUCUGUUUUUAGACGAGGAUGAUCCAUUACCAGCUAUUGAGGGCCUCCAGAUUUCGGGUGAAGCAUUACCGGGACAUGAGCUCCAAGCAUCUGGAUACUCCAUUAAUGGAACAACCAGUUGCAACUUUGAGUGGGUACGCCACCUUCCAGAUGGAUCAGUUAACUACAUUGAAGGAGCAAAGCAACCGAACUAUCUUCUCACUGCUGAUGAUGUUGAUACAUACCUUGCUAUCGAAGUUCAACCCCUGGAUAACAGGAAGCGAAAGGGAGAGCUCGUGAAGGUGUUUGCAAACGAUCACAAGAAGAUCACUUGUGAGCCCGAAAUGCAAAGCCAGAUACAGAAGAUUCUUCAAAAGGGUCAUGGAUCAUUUAAGGUGUUUGAGAACACUGGGUUUCUUGACAUAUGGGAACCUGCCACUUUGGCCAUUAAGAAGGGAGCUUACAGCAUUAAGCGCAGCUCUGAACCUAGUGUUGGUGGAGUUGUGGUGGCUGAGAAGUUUUCGCCCAACACAAUCGUUUCGAUUCCUUAUGGAAGCCCUUCGGAAUUCAUCAUCACCGAUUCUGAUAUUGCUGGUGCUGAUGCCGAUCAUCUUUUGAAAACAGACGAUGCUAGCUGUUCUAGAGAUACACUUGUGCUCAUAUUGAGAUUAUUUAUCGUAAGGGCUGUUGAGAGAAGGACAAGAAAAGGGAAAAAAAGGGUCUUAUUUUUCUGACGAGUAUGGCAAUUGUCUCUUGUCUUGUAAAUUUCUAUAGGGUAUACGUCUCUUACAUUUUUGGGUGUUAGGUGUGAAAUGUGUUGAAAUCUCAAUUUUUUUAUUAGUAUUGUGAGC